UUUCGAGUCUUCUUUCAUCACUUUGUCCAACCACCUGUUUCAGACCAUCAGAAUUUUCAGCCGUACCAAUGUUAAAAACUGUUUCCAAGUCAUGUCUUCUGUUAUUAUUUCCUUUCUCUCCACCAUGUUCUUCGUUGUGCACCCAAUAUGUCAUUUCACUUUCUUUCGAGAUUGUGUCUACCUAUUACCUUUUGUCUGAGGGGUAUAAGAGGCAGUCCUCCUCUCCCAGUUCAUUCCACAUCUCGAACCACCUAUCAUACGUCUAUCUCAGAUCGAGAACGAAUGUGCACGAUGAAGCCUAUCGUUCGUUCCAGAUGCUUGGAAACGGCCAGGUAAGUCGGGAUGAGGGUCCAAACCUUUCUCAGGGAAUACAAUUGAUUAACAAAUUAUAGCUCUGCUUCAUUUGCUCACCAUAGCCGCGCUAUUCCAUUCAUCCAAAUCGCUGCGGCCUGGUUGGUCGCUGUUGGAGAGCCGACAUGACUGCAACACGUCAUUAUCAAUCCCAUUUCUGGCGGGUUGAGAUGGUAGUAGCGGCCACAAAAUUGCUCCUGUCUAUCCAUGAUCUACCCACAAAAUGGUCGACAAAGUUGUCUCCUAGACUCCCGUAGUCGGUCCUCGAAAGCUCUCCCGAGGCAUCUCCGAGAGCGCAGCUUAACCUACCUUGAUCCAGUUCAAACACGCUCAUUUCCAGCCUAAUGUCCACGUUCACGUUCCUAUUCAUUUUCACCUGGUUCUCGCACCUUCUGUUGCAAUCGCGCUAGGCUUGGCGCAGCCCGGACAAACUAUGCGCCGGGUAGGCAAACAACGCCCUCCAAGAGCAAACACGCCCUCGCUGUCGUCUGUCCCGCAACACACCCUUUACCACCAUUUCGCCUUUGUAUCUUCUGUGGAAACCAAUCUUUUCAAACCCAAUUUUGUCGCGCUGAGAGUGAGCGGGCAUGGCUGCCACUGGGGGGCUCGACACCGUCCUACAGGAGCUAUAUUUUCAUGUUGCCCUUCCUCGGAAUGUUCCUGGGAGAGAAGCGCACAACCUGUUCGAAGUCGAUGCUGCCCUGCUUGAUCGGCUCGUGGAAGCGGCCAAACUGCUCACGACCCGAGUGCCUGUGCAGCAUCACACUGCGGUAGAUGCCGUGCGACUGUCCCUUGUCUGCUCCAAGUCUAUGAACGUGGAGGGCAAAAUCGAUAAAACCCUUUUUACCAAAGAGCUGGGAGGAAUGUCACCAAACCAAGCCCUUGUUCUAUACGUCACAGAGCAAAACGCUGCCUUGCUUCUGUAUAAAAAGACCAACUCCGAUCUUACGGUAGAGGCUUUCGAAGCUUCUGCAGCUAAUGAGAGCGUGUGCGCAGCCGAAAGUGCGUUGCAGUGGGAUUUUCCCGGCCAAGCCGUCUGCCUUCCCCGCGGGGUGUACAUGGAUGCGUCGUUCCAGGAUUCUUUCGCCCGAUUUCUAGAACAGAGUAGUAUCGAAUCCGUAAAGCAGUUCUCGGCGGUUACUUUCAAAGCUGCUGCUCCUCUGCCUGAAGUGCGCGAUACGACCGACCCCUCUCUUGUCACGGGACUAUUGAUGACCAUAUUGCGAUCCGUUGGUCACAAUCACGCCGUUCAUACCCUUCGCAAGCGUGUUCGGGAUACUGUUUCAUUCCGAGAAGCACGCAAACCUUGGCGACGAUCUCCAUUCUACCUAGUUCUUCGGGUCACUAUUCAGCGUCACCUGAUUCACCUUCUUGGAGCUAUGACUGGUAGACUCUAUUACAAGAUCAUCAUGUGUAUUUUCAUCUCGCAGCUCAUGGAAGCAACAUUAGACAUCAUACCACAUGAAGACACUCAUUUCUUGAUGCAAAAACUUGGGCGGCGCCUAGCCAAACUCGAGGAUGAGUAUCAGGGGACCUCGGCGAGUCACGAUCUUCACAGCUCUCUACUCCAAGGCCUACGCCCCCAGUUCGAGAAGUCUUUGAGCAAUGUCAAUAAUCGACUUACCCAACACUGGAAGCUAUUUCAGGCGAAGACCCAGCGUGUCAUCAAGGAAAUACCUUACUUUGCCAAAGAACAUGAGCUUAAAGUGCAGCUAAGUUCAAGUGGCCCUCAUCUGUGGCGCAUUCUCUCGUCUACCGGGACCGCUCACCACACUCCACUCCACUCUUCACUCGAUCUCCUUCGUCAACACGCAGCAUCAGUUGAGAAAGCCCAACCGUUGAGAAAAAUUGCCAAUCGCUGCAUAGACAUUGCCCGGUUCGAGCGCGACGAAGUCUUAUCUGUUGAUCAUGCAUUGCCAUCGACAGACCCUGCAGAUGACUGUCGAAAUCUUGCCUCGACGAUUAACUCCUACAUGCUAAAAGUCGGCCCGGUUUUUGAUGGCUACUCCAAUCUGAAGAGCCAGUUCAUACUGAAUGUAAUUGAGUUAUGGGUCGACAUGGAUCAGCAAGCCGUGCGAUGCUUUCCUUUGCUCGGCCGUUACCACCCUGGAAUUGACCCAAUUCUACUAGACGAUCUAGAGCUACUCUCCUUGGAUGAAAUGAUACGAGUGCAGAACGCUCAAGCAUAUCUCAGCAGGCGCUGUCUCCCAUUGGCAGGUGGGCCCGUGAAGACUAUUUUCGAUCCCCCGGCGGAAGAUACAUUUGCGGUCGCAUACUUUGACAUGUCUCCCGAGCUGCAACAACUUCGCCAGCGUAUUGAUGUGGAUUCUGCAAUUUUACGCUUAAGGAAAGAGGAUGAAUGGCGUGCAUUGAAAGCCGAGCAUGAGCGCCUAAUGCAGCUGAUCGCAGAGUCAACCUGCGCUUACCACACAAUUGUGACGCCUGAAGGGGCUCUGAUUCAGGAACAUGUCAAAGGCUGUAUCAAACACAAAUACAAGUGGCAGGCGAAACAGAUCAAAAUUCGUAUCUUUGAAAAUCCUCUUCCCGCUUUCGAGCCAGCAGCCAAGACAGUCGUGUUCGAGCUGCGCUGCCCAAAGACUCUGGCAUCUUACCGUGAUGCUACGUGGUCAAUCAUCUCCACCUUUGCGUUUGGAAGGAGUAAUCCGCUUGAGAACAUACCAAUAUUGCGUAAUUACCCAAGUCUACAACAAUACGCGACUGCGAGCAAGUCUGCGGUUACACUGGGAUCAUCAACAAAAUCUCAUCUCGACUGUCAUUACAAAGAGAGCACUUUUCCGGUUGCGUUACAUCAUGUUUGCCGGCCGUGUGGCUUAACUUAUGAUUAUUAUGACGUGGUCAGCAAGACAUGGACGCAGAGGGAGGGCGCUGGGUCGUUGUCACGGCAUUUUGUUCUCAAUUUACCUCGCCAGUCACCAUACCGGUCACUUCAACUCACCAAUGGGAGCUGGCCGUCAUCGAACGCGAUUCUCGCCAGCCAAACUAAGUGUCCCCCCGAUCUAAAUGUGCAUGAAUUCAUGGCAUGGCAGAGUUUACUAUCGGGCACGCAUUCCAGAUGGCUAUGCCUGCUGCGCGAGAUGGGUGCAACAAAUCUCAACUUCUCUUCGGAAUCUUCAUGGGCCAUUAUUGUGAAACUGAUCCUUCAGGUCGGUCCUUCUAGCACUGGUGAUCUUUUAAGAGAUGCCCACCAUGUGUUCAAUGACCGUGCAUUCUGUUCCAACCUUGUGGAUCAAGUUGAGUAUCGUUUGGGGACAUUACGCCGGAAUUGGCGAGAACAAUUGCAGAUGGAUAUUCUGAUCUCGAUCCUAUUAAAAGCGUGUUCACUCUGCCCAGAUCGUCGCUCGCGAUACAAAGCGCGGGAGCUCCUCGACACAUGCCGUGAGAUUACCUGGGAGUGGUGCGUCAUGUUACAAUCUCUGGAGCAUCACGGUUCGAACGACACAACGUUGUUUGCGGCCUGGGCCGCAAUCCUGUGUAAGCGCACAUUCCAAGGGCUGGAAGAUCUGGCUUCUGAGUUGAGCUCAAUGGCACUAAAGUAUUUCGUCGGUGCAUCUGUCCUUCUCCAAGAGAAUCUCACUGGCGACAUCGAGCACACGCCGCACAGUCUAUGCUCACAGGUUCUCAAUGACACCCUGUUCACAUACGAGCACCGUGAGAUCAUACAAACGGCUAUUCUCGCAAACCAAGGAGCGUUUCUUUCUGCCAUGAAUGAUAUCUGGCCCGUCUUGCCAGAGUAUUUGGCGCGACAGCCGCUUGUAGAACCGUUAUCCGAAGGUUACUGGAUACAAGUAUCAAUGAGGUCCAAUGAAUCCAACAACGCCCACUUUAUUCACUACAAUAUUCAGCAUGGCGACUUGCUUAUCAACGGUAAACAAGCCGGGACGUUACCGGCACAGUAUCGAGCAAAUCCUUACAUCGAGAAAUUGUUUGGGACACACAAUCUACGAGUAUUACCUUCUUCCCAGCUCGGUAUGUCUCUCUACAUUAAGCGUAGGAUGCCAAAAGGUUACAACGUACAUCUUGGAUUGCGGGAAGGCAUCCAUGUCAUACGUGCAACGCGUGAGGGCUCCACGUUCGAGCUCAUCGCUAGUCAUCAUUUCUACGGCGCGAAUGCAUCCGAUCUCCCAGCACCACUAAUUGAAAAUUGCUGGCACUGGUUGGACAUCUACACUGGCAUCAUGGAAAUCCGCCAAGAUAAUCCCUGGAAAUCAAAAGACGGAAAUUGGAAGGUUGACGUGCGAACACGAACUGUUUAUCGGCGAGGCUCUGUGCUGGUUGAUCCAAAAAGUGAUCUAGCCGCUCUGAUUGCGCAGAAUUUCUGGUUCUUCGAGUAUCCGAAAAACAUUGUGGUGUAUCAGCCAGCCCAGAAACCAGACAAGCCACGCCCCCAUUUAGCAAUUGAACUGAAGCGGCUAGAGCUCAACUUUCACGUGAACAACCGUCGUCUGCUAGAGUGUCGCCAAUUGAAAGCUGAGAUUGCGCCCUCUUAUCUCCAGGACGCUGGGGUCUGGUACGGAUUGAAGAGCAAAAUAGUACUUCAAACAGUCGGCAACGAACGUCAGCGAAGUCUCCUCGUUCCCACCGGACCGAUGAAAUACGCAAAAUUCAACCAACAUGUCAUCACUACAGUGGAUAAUGAUGGCUCAUACAUGAGAUACGAGAUCAAUGAAGUGCUUGGUCGCCUUGAAUGCCCAGCUGAGCCGAGAUUGCUAUAUUUCAAAGCAUUGUGGCAUGCAUAUACUUCAUAUUUUCUUCCAGAUCCUUUGACUGGACGUACAGGCAAGGAAGAAGCUUUGAGUUUCUUACAAUCAGGUCUUUGUAUGCCUUGGACAUAUCUAAGCUCGGUUUCCACGCAAUAUUUGAUAGAUAUUGCACAAAUGACCCCAAAGCGAACCUACUAUCCGUCAACUCUGAAAAGCAUGGAGUCUGUCUCGUGGAAUCCACGAUUGACAACCACAAUCCAGGAUGAUCGCUAUCGUGCAGCAGUGGAGAAAAUUUGUCACCGCUCGGAAGAUCUGCGCCUCUUUGACACGGGUGUUGAUGAGCCUGCCCCCACUCAGUGCCCAGAGGGAAAUGUGCAACUGGAAGGGCGCGCAGUUCGCCGGUCAGAUCUUAGAUCUACUCCGGGAUCCGCUACUUUCUAUCGAUCGAGAGAUGGCUUUGAUACCAGUCAAGAGCGUAUCAAUGUCGCAGAAAUAUCGAGACUGUUAGCUGGCUGGUCGUCAAAAAUCCCCUGUACACCAGAUCUUGCAUCAGCUUUGCAAAAGUAUCCUAUCAUUGGGGGAAACAUCGGAGAGUUCCAGCGCGUUCAGUUGUUUGAUUUCAUUACCACCGAUAUGGGGGAGAAUUGGGGAUCACUUGUGAACUCAGCACUACAAGCCGGGCCAGAUGAUCGUUAUCGUUUGAUCUUUCUCUUCGCGGCUAUUGCGUACUCUACGGAUGCAGAUAUGUCUCUAUUACGUCCUUUGGUCUCUUAUUCCUUAAUUCCUGAACUGAAAGACAUCCCUCAUCCAAAGCACGCAUCAUAUGUUCGGUUCAAUCCCGGAGAGGUGCUCGCUAUUAAGGACAUGACGGAGUCGAUGAAACCUGCUAGAAUGCCUUACAAUCCAAUUCCACAAACCCAGGACAACAAAGGCCAAGUAGGACAACUUGCUCUUCGGCGGAUCCAACACGAAGAAAAUACCCUCAAAGCAUGCGGGGAGCUGGCCUCAUCGAUUCGUAAAUUUUGGCCACAUACCGAGCUGAAUUCGGAGAACCUUCCAGCUGUAGAUGAGAAGCUCAUCGACGCGGAGAAAGCUUUGGAAUUAAUCCAACCGGAAUUUACUCGUCUUUCACACAAUCAUGUGUUUGAGGAAUAUCUAUCAAGAGUACAGAUCAUCAUGCUAGAGCACGAUGUGAAGCGGUCAUCCGAUGGCUCUGAAUGUGUCGAUCAACCUACACAGCCGCCACCUAAAUUACUACCCCAUCAUCCCACCCCUAGCUGCUCAACCAGGCAAACAACUCUGCGAAAUCUUUUGCUCAACCCCGAGGUUCGGAUCUUGUGGACAACGCCUAACCUGAACGAGUUCACCAACCUGUUCGCCGAUACCACAAAUUCAUCCAAAGGGAAUAAGCACCAGCCAUGGACCAAGUCAUCGGUGCAAACUGACGAUACGCUACAUUUCAAGCCUAUGGCGGAAGGGAAGAUGGCCGGCGAAGACUCGAGUACCAAGACAUUGAGACAUAUUGUCCAGGGGCUUCGCAGAUCGGACUCCCCGAUGCAGGAACAAUAUGCUUCUGAGCUCGAACAAAGUAUCGAUUCGCUAGUCAGAUUGAAUGAAAAGCCUUCGCUCAAGCCACCUCCAUUCAAACCUACAGAACUACGGCGAAAAAUCAAGAGCGCAGAGCAGGACUGCCACCAGAUGUAUUAUAACAUCUGUCAAGCGGUAGAGAGUGGGGACCAACGAGCAGCAUGGCUGAAAUAUGCUGGCUUAUGGCCACGUGUGACUAGACUUUCACUUCUUGCAGAAUUGAGCUCCAAGAUAACGUCUGAUCUCGGAAAAGACGUGAAAGAAGCGUUGGUUGCUUUCGGCAUCAAAAUCGCAGUCUUACAGCGCUUGCUGAGAAUCGAAGACGCUUCCGGGAAGAACAAGAAGCAACAACUAGACGAUGAGCUCGCCAACUCAGGGCAUACUAACUGGCUACCUCUGAACCGCCCCGACUGGCUUCUGCUAGAAAUUGAUAACAACUUCAUGCUAAGAGCGGAGCAAGUUGAAGUGGCCGAAGCUACAAUCAUGCCGUCUUCGAGACAGAACUCUGUUGUGCAGCUUCUUAUGGGCAAAGGGAAAACCUCUUGCAUCUUGCCUAUGGUGGCAGCAGUACUUGCCGACAAGUCCAAUCUGCUACGUAUCGUUGUUCCUCGGCCUCUGCUGCUACAAUCUGCACAAGUUAUGCAGAUCAAAUUAGGCUCUUUAUUGGACCGCGAAAUCAUGCAUAUUCCCUUCUCGCGGAAGACCCCUACGAAUGAUAUUAUGCUGGGCAAAUACUUCCACAUGCAGUCAGAACUGAGGAAGAACGGUGGCGUCCUCAUGACGUUGCCAGAGCAUAUUCUGUCAUACAAACUCAGUGGAAUGCAACGGCUUUGUGAUGCACGUCUGGACGAGGGAACUAAGAUGAUAAAGUUCCAAGGAUGGUUGGAUCGACACGCUCGCGAUGUUCUGGAUGAGUGCGACGUUUCUCUGGCCAUUAGAACCCAGCUCAUUUAUCCUUCUGGCUCCCAAACCACGGUGGACGGCCACCCACUUCGGUGGCAAUGUAUUCAAGCGGUGCUACGAUUGAUUCAUUUGUAUCUUCCGGUACUCGAGCGACAAUUUCCACAUAGUAUCGAGGUAGUUGAAAAGGCCGAAGGAGACUUUCCCCUGAUCUAUCUACUUCGAGAGGAUGUCCAAGUUUAUCUCGUCGACAGCCUUGUUCAAGAUAUCUGUAACGGUCAAUUGUCCUCUUUACCGUGCGCUGAGAUUCCUCUAUCCGGACAAGAACACAUACGGAAUUUCAUAUCAUGCCCGAUGGUAUCUCCCCAAACUUACCGCAGGGUGAAGAGUUUAUUUAGAGACAAGCUACACUUGAUGAAGGUUCUUUAUCACCUACGCGGACUCUUCGUUCAUCGUAUACUCUUGUCAUCCCUGAAAAAGAGGUGGAAUGUGCAGUAUGGACUGCACCCCGAUCGUGAUCCCAUCGCCGUCCCCUACCAUGCCAAAGGUGUUCCGUCCAUGACAUCGGAGUGGGGUCACCCGGACGUCGCCAUAAUUCUCACUUGUUUAUCCUUUUACUACCAAGGUCUCAGCCUGCCGCAAUUCAAACAAUCUUUCGAACAGCUCACGAAGACGGACGAACCGAGCAUCGAGUUUGAGAAGUGGAUCACGCAGGAUUUGCCAGAGAAUUUAAGGGAUUUCAACAGUAUCAAUGUCGAAGAUUAUUCGCAACUGGUUGAACUUCACAGGCAUGUGCGGCUUAACAUGUAUCUUCUGGAUUUUUAUCUGAACAACUUUGUGUUCCCAAAACACGCUAAGCAGUUUGCAAUGAAACUGCAAGCGUCUGGCUGGGAUCUGAUUCUAGGGGACCCUACCUCCUCAUCUAGAUGCCAGACAACUGGUUUCUCGGGAACAAAUGACUCACGCCAUCAGCUGCCCAUGACAAUUUCACAGAACAACGAGCUUGAAGACCUCUCGCAUACAAACGCCGAAGUCCUAUCAUACCUCCUAGCUGAGCGAAACCGCGAUUAUAUCUUAGCAGUCAACGGCAGAGAACGAUUUAGCGAGACUGAUCUUCUACGCAAGCUCCGCGAGGUUGGAAUCAGGAUCUUGAUAGAUGCUGGUGCUCAAAUUCUGGAGCACAGCAAUGCUGAUUUAGCCGCGGCGUGGCUCAAAGUAGACACCGAAGCCGCAGCCGCUGUAUAUUUCGACUCGUUCCACAGGCCAUUAGUUCGCUACCGGAAAGGAAAGUCGUUACCUCUAGUGGCAACGACUUUUGCUGAAAACCUGGAGAAUUGCGUGGUUUAUCUUGACGAGUCGCACUGCCGAGGGACUGAUUUGAAGCUCCCAAUAUGUGCACGAGCUGCACUAACCUUGGGUCCCCAUGUGACGAAGGAUGGAGUCGCUCAAGCUGCUAUGCGUCUGCGACUUCUUGGUACAUCGCAAUCUGUGACGUUCUUCGCUCCCCCAGAAGUACACCAAGGUAUUUUGGAUAUGCGCGAUCCCGACCAGCAAGAUCCUGUGCACUCCGAAAACGAUGUCCACUCUGAAGAUGUCAUCGCUUGGUUACUUCAACAGUCUUGUCAUGCCAUCGAACAGCUGGAGCCAUUAUACUGCAUGCAAGGCAACACGUAUCUGCAACACGCACAGGCGAAGAUUAACAACCCCCGGUUUCUUGAUUGGGAGCACCAACGGGCAAGGUAUCUCGGGAUCAUACAAUCGAAAGAAGUUCAGACAUUGCAGCAGCUUUAUGAGCCAAAGCGACUACACCGGGUCAAUGGAGAUGAGUUCACCACAUUGCGCCCCGCUCUGCGGAAAUUUGCAAAGGAUCUGGAAGGCCGGAAACAAAAUUUCCAAGAUAAAGGAUCAGCUGUUCACUCUUCUGCCCUUGAAGAAGUCGAGCAGGAACGUGAAGUCGAGCAUGAAGUGGAGAAUGUGCGCGAAGUGCAAAUCCCGACCCAUUACGCAGCGCUGAAAAUUCCCGGCUUGCAUAAAGACAUCAGGGAUUUCGUCAGGUCCGGUAUAGCUAAUCCCAGCAGUGAAGCUUACCAUCCGAUUUUCUGGGCUCUUCAGAACACCGCUAUGGGGAAGAGAUAUGGAGCUUCUUUGAAGGUGCCUUCCACCGCCUCCAUGCUUAUGAUUUCCACACAAUACCGCCGUACGGUCAGGCUAGUAGAGCCAAAUGACAACUUUAUGCGACCUUGUCAAUGGUUGCUUCUUAGCAGUCGUACCGGACAAGCUGUGGCUCUGAGCCCGGAGGAAGCUGAUGCUGUGCUUCCCCUGCUCCGGAAUACCCGUGGGCCUGCACAUCUCAUCGUUUACUCUGCGCCAGUAACGCGAAGGAUGUUGCAUUUCAACGAUCUUAAUUACUACGCCGUGCCAUCACUGCCUAAGUACUUCACUAUCCCGACCCUGUUACGGAUUGAGUUGGGUAUUUUCGCCGGUCGCCUUUAUUUUGCCUGGACUGAGUACGAAGCAAUGUGCGACUACCUUGGCAUUGCCCGCACGGUUGAAGAAACAUACGACCAGGAUUCGUGCUUUACCACCAAGCCCCUCUCGUUUUUGCACGAAUGGCUUGCCGUCCUUCGCAAGGGUCAGGACUUUGAGCACACUCCGAUGGGAUUCUUAACAACUGGAAAACCUUUGUUGAAGGAGCACCCAUUCUUCAUGAACCGCGAUAGAGACAAAGUUGAGGCGUCUAUUCCACUAGUUGCGACAGAUGGCAUUGCUGAUCAGCAUGAUGACGAUUCGGACGACGACGACCACGAUGAUGACGAAAUGUUCGAGCAGAACAAUCUUCCACGGAAAAGUGGCAUCGUACAUGACAAACCAAUUACCUUCAAUGAAGAGGGAAACGAAUUCUUUGGUGCAUUGGAAGAACAAGUCAAUGGUGCUGGUGUGAAGGAGUCGAGCGACGGUAGCAGGGCGAGCGAUGAUAGUGACUAA